UCCAGACCACCUUCCUCUUCUUUUCUCCCACUAAAAACCUCUUUCCUCUACACAUAUAUAUAUAGUCCCCCCCUUCCUCUCCUCCCCUCCCCUCCGUGUAUAACUGAAAUUCUCUCUCUCUCUCUAGCUCUGAGACAGUUUUUUACAAGAAAUGGAAAAGUAUAACAGCAGCAGCGGUGACCCACGAGGCUAUAGCGACACACCGAGCGGCAGCUACGCCCUGAGUGGGAAGAUAAUGUUGAGCGCAAUCGUUAUAUUGUUCAGUGUGGUAAUCCUGAUCCUCUGUCUCCACGUCUACGCUCGUUGGUUCCUUCUCCGGGAAAGUAGACGCCACCCCGAACGCCGGAACCGUCGUCGCCGAGUCCGCCGCCGCACCCGCAUCGUCUUCUCUAUUGAGCCUUCCGGUACUUCUGCCAACAGCGUCUUAAUCGGCUCCCGCGGUCUAGAUGAAUCCGUCGUCAAAUCCCUCCCCACUUUUGUUUAUUCCUCCGCUACUCACGGUUGUGAAGUACUAGAAUGCGCCGUUUGUUUAUCGGAAUUUGAAGACGACGAGAAGGGUCGUCUCCUUCCUAAAUGCAAUCACAGCUUCCAUAUAGAUUGUAUCGACAUGUGGUUUCACUCUCACUCUACCUGCCCACUCUGCAGAACCAUCGUUACUUCGGAGAUUCCGGCGGUGAAACCCAAUGAAACACCGGCCGAAGUUUCUGUUACGGUGGGAGAACCGGAAUCAGGGUCGAGUUCUGGUCUCUGCCCAUCUUGUGUCCACGACAGAGGCGAAACUGGUUCUUCCUCUGCCUCCUCUCCGCCAUCUUCUUCUUCUGCAGCUUCUUCAUCUUUGGGAACUCGGGAGAAGCCAUUAGAGACGGUGACUAUUUCGAUUGAGGUUCCUCGAAGGAACGAUAUAUUGAGAGGCUUGGAGGAGGAGCAUCUGUACUUGGGUUCGCCGGGAGUUCAGGGUUUAAAAUCCCCAAUAGGGCAGCAGGGGUUGAGGUCACCGAUUCAAUCGUUGAAGAGGAUUUUCAGCAGAGAAAGGAAAGGUAAUCUCUCUCCUUCUUCGCCGGUGGAUCUGAGUUACAGUACUGCUACAGAAAUCGAUCUCGAAAAUGGAAGACGAAACCUCAGCCCAAGUAGUGACAACCGAUUAGCACUGAGAAUCGACACCUAACCAGAGGAAGAUGAAACCCAUGACCCCAAUUGGACAUCGGAGUUUCAGAACGAGCCUCUGAGCUGGGCGACUGGUUUAGCACACGUGGCGUGCACGCCACCGAUACAAAUUACAGUCCUCCGUGAUCUUCCACCUUCCUUCGCGCCUGCCGCCAUUGAAGACCGACUGCUAGUCGAUAGAGACUGGUAGUGAUUAAAGAAAUUAUUCUUUACAUCUUUUUUUUUUUUUUCUUGAAUUCUAUUGUUACAAAUUAAAUUUAUAAUGAAAUGUGGGAAAGAAAUUGAAUUAUUUUUUAUUUAUUUGUUUA